UUGAAAAUUUGGGAAAGCUCGCCGUACAUACCGACAGGACGGACUCUUCUGACGGUGAAUCCACAGCUUGUAGUCUUUUGAGUUUUGCGACAGAGAUAACGUAAAGGUAGAUCGGUUAGCAGCUCCAGUUUUCCAGGUGACCCCCCCCCCCCUUAGGAUCUUUCGCAGCCAUGGACAACAACACCCAAGGAGCAGGGGGGACGAAAGGUGGUCUCGGGGGUCUCUUUGGAGGCGGUGUACCUGAAUACUCCAACACGGAGCUCUCAGGUGUUCCCUUGACUGGAAUGAGUCCUCUGUCCCCCUACCUCAAUGUGGACCCUCGUUACCUGAUCCAGGACACAGAUGAGUUUAUCCUGCCCACCGGCGCCAAUAAAACCAGAGGGAGGUUUGAACUGGCUUUCUUCACUAUAGGAGGAUCCUGCAUGACAGGAGCGGCGCUCGGAGCUGUCAACGGUCUCAGAAUGGGUCUAAAGGAGACGCAGGAUAUGGCCUGGUCCAAACCUCGUAAUGUCCAGAUUAUCAACAUGGUGACCAGGCAGGGUGCAUCAUGGGCCAACUCUCUGGGCUCUGUCGCCUUGUUGUACAGUGCGUUCGGUGUGGCCAUAGAGAAGGCCAGGGGAGCAGAGGAUGACGUCAACACAGUGGCCGCUGGGACGCUAACAGGGAUGCUCUUCAAAUCAGGCAGUGGCCUUAAGGGUGUAGCGCGAGGAGGUCUUGCUGGUUUAGCUCUGUCUGGUGCCUACGCUCUCUACAACAACUGGGACCACAUCACCGGCUCCUCGUCUUCAUCGUCCAGGCUGUACUAAACUCCACCGCGCACGCGUCUUUCUUCCACGCUAGGGCCAAAACGUCUCUCCCGCUACACGGCCUUUCACCACAGCGCUAAGAGGAAUUAGACUCUGGUCAAAUGCAGUGUGCUUAAAGGGAAGCGUGAGUUGGUCCAAGUUCACCGGUUCCCCCCCCCCACCCCUCCCUCAUUACCACUGUCACUUCCUGGAGCAUUCUGGGAAUCUUUGAAAACAGAAGAUGUGAAAAUGUGGACUAGAACACACUUCCAAUCCAGACGUAGACCGUCCUAUAACACCACCCGUUGUUAACCUUUGUGGUGUUCUUUCUAAUUGAUCAGAUCAGUAAUAAGAAGUGUCUGAGGAUGUUACAAAGAUGUGUGUCCUCUGUUUUAUAAUUGUGUGUAAAAAGACUUCUUUAAGUCUUGUUUGGAUGUCCGUGAAGCCUGACGUGGGACAUCUGAUGUGCGUCUUCAGAUUCACAUUCUGAUUUUGGACUGAAAGACUCUUCUGUUGAAGGAGAGCGAUUUGAGAUUUCCAGCUGAACGCAGACUCGAGCCUUACGGUCUGUUCUACUCUUGUAUUUAUUCAAUGCGUCUUAGCGGUGGGUUUUUUUGUUUUACUGUGCAAGAAGAAAUCACUGUAAAGCUACCCUGAAGGUGCGUCCUUGUUUCUGUAUUCCAUCAAACCUGCUGCAUUAAAAACAAAAA